AAACGGGGAGAGGAAGAGGACGGGAGGGAAAGCGAGUCAGAAGAGAGCGAGAAAGAGGUUGGGACAGAAGGAUCAUCGAUCGGCGAUUGGUGUCUCUUUUUUUUAUGUACAGUAACGAGUUAAACAUCUCUUUCUCUCCAGCGACAGUCCGCGCCGGUUUGAGAGAGAGAGAGAGGCAGCCAGCAGGUGUUCGAGUGCAGCGAGCGAGCAGUACGGGCUAGAAGGCGAGGACAUCGGGGAGGAUCUCCAGUGAUAGAUACUGUGGAGGGCGAGAGCGGCGGUCGUUGCGGCGCCCAUUUACUGCGGCCCUGCUAGCCACGCGCUCAGAAUUUGGGCAGCAAGGAAAAGAAGGCCCCAGUCCGGCAAUAAAUCGAUCAGCAAGUGAGCGAGGGAGAGGAACGCCGACAGACAGAUGGUGCCGCAGAAGCAGGGGGAGGAGGCGAUCGUGCCACAAUGCAACGAGACGGAGCGCGAUGGGAAGGAGGAAGGAGACGCGGAGGAGAACUCCGGGAUUAACGUCAAGAGCCUCCUCUGGCACGGUGGUUCUGUCUAUGACGCUUGGUUCAGUUGCGCCUCCAACCAGGUAGCUCAAGUAUUGCUGACGCUGCCAUAUUCCUUCUCUCAAUUGGGGAUGCUCUCUGGGAUCAUCCUGCAGAUCUUCUACGGCCUGCUUGGGAGUUGGACGGCUUACCUUAUCAGUGUUCUGUAUGUGGAGUAUCGAAGCAGGAAGGAGAAGGAGGAGAACGCUGACUUUAAGAACCAUGUCAUUCAGUGGUUCGAAGUUCUCGAUGGGUUGCUUGGAAGCAAGUGGAAAGCCAUUGGACUCGCUUUCAACUGCACCUUUUUGCUCUUUGGAGCAGUGAUUCAACUGAUUGCAUGCGCCAGUAAUAUUUACUACAUCAAUGACCGGCUGGAUAAGAGGACCUGGACGUACAUUUUCGGCGCAUGUUGCGCUACGACUGUUUUCAUCCCUUCGUUUCACAAUUACCGAAUUUGGUCAUUUUUGGGGCUCGGAAUGACCACCUACACUGCUUGGUAUUUAACGGCCGCCGCCCUUGUCCACGGCCAGAUUGAAGGAGUUCAGCAUACGGGUCCCACCCAACUGGUUCUGUAUUUCACCGGCGCCACCAAUAUAUUGUACACAUUCGGCGGCCACGCCGUCACAGUUGAGAUCAUGCACGCGAUGUGGAAGCCUCAGAAAUUCAAGUACAUCUAUUUCCUGGCCACACUGUACGUGUUCACCUUGACGCUGCCAUCAGCUGCGGCCAUGUACUGGGCCUUCGGCGACCUCCUCCUUAACCACUCCAACGCUUUCUCCCUCCUUCCCCAGUCUGGCUGGCGAGACUCUGCCGUUAUCCUUAUGCUUAUUCACCAAUUCAUCACCUUCGGCUUUGCGUCCACUCCUCUUUACUUCGUGUGGGAGAAGGUGAUCGGGGUGCACGACACCCAGAGCAUAUGCCUGAGGGCGGUGGCGCGGCUGCCGGUGGUCAUACCCAUCUGGUUCCUAGCGAUCAUCUUCCCCUUCUUCGGUCCCAUCAACUCCGCCGUCGGUGCCCUGCUGGUCAGCUUCACCGUCUACAUCAUUCCCGCCGCGGCCCACAUGUUGACCUACAAGAGCGCUGCUGCUAGACAGAAUGCAGCGGAGAAGCCACCCUUCUUCCUUCCAAGCUGGACAGCGAUGUACGUGGUGAACGCGUUGGUGGUGGUGUGGGUACUGAUCGUGGGGUUUGGGUUCGGUGGAUGGGCCAGCAUGAGCAACUUCGUCAAGCAGGUCGACACCUUCGGUCUCUUCGCCAAGUGCUACCAAUGUGCCCCCAAGAACCAACCUCCUGCUGCCGCUGCACCUGCCCCUGCCCGCCCUUAAGGGCCAGAGGCUGCUCACUCAAUUCACAUAGAUCUCCUUUCCUCUCUCUCUCUCUCUCUCUCUCUCUCUGUGAUGUUCCUUUAAAAUCCAAUGUAAGCCAAGGAAAAAAAAAACAGCAUGCCUCCCAUCUGUGGAUCCAAAAGGUACGCCUUAUUUACUUAGUAAAUAGCUUCAUCUUCUUAGUCA